AUGGGUGCAAUGAGGAGAAUGCAACAAUACGAUGAAGAGAGUGCGACAAUACGAUGGAGAGAAUGCAAGAACGCGAUGACCCUAGAUGGAACAGCAGUUGAGAGAUCUGAGAGAAUUAUAGCUACACAGAACUAUGGAGUAAUGAGAGCCAGAAUUGUUCAACAACAGAUUGAAUAUAAAAAGAAACGGGAUAAGGAGAGAGAAGAGGCAAGAAUAGCAUUAGAAAAGGAAGAUCAAGAGAAGGAAGCUGCUAAAGAAGAGGCCGAGAAAAAGCCAGGCUUUGAUGGCACCUGGUACACUGAUAUUAAUGCAGAAGAUAAAGAAAAACGUGCCAAGAAACAAACAGAGGAGGCAGAGGAAGAAUUUAAAAAGGACAAGGAGUUCUGGGACACCAAGUCUGUGUUUAGUCCAGAGGAGCGAUUGAAGGCCCACAAGAAACUGGAGGAGCAGAAAGACAGAGACAGGAAACGAGAAGACGCUAAAAACCCUCCAAAGCCUCCCCGACGACUGUUUGCAGACGACGGCCGUCCACUGAAUGUCAAUGAACCCAAAAUCAACUUCAAGUUGCCUGAAGACGAAACAGAGAACUCUUACCUUUUGGAUUACCAAUGCUACAAGUAUUUAGAUACCAGUAUGAUAGAUGUUGAUGUUCAGCCGAAUUAUAUACGGAUAACAACAAAGGGAAAGACCUUCCAGUUGUGUUUAGAACAGGAGGUGAACGCUGAUUCAAGCUCUUGUCAAAGAUCCCUAAUCACAGGACACUUGAUUGUUAAAAUGCCAAAGGCAAAGCAGAUUGUCAAAUCCUCACCAAAACCGGCAAAGACCAGCAAUAACAACAAGGAAAACGAAGACAAUGAAACGCAAACUAAAACAAACCGAAAAAACAUUGAGAAACUUGAGGUUGACGAGUCCGCUAGAAAGACAGUAGACAUCGGCAAUAUUGUGAAGGAAAAGGGCGAGGUGACUGUUCCUCCUCUUGGCUCCAAACCGCUCGGCAAAAAGCGGGAGGAGAAACCGUUGAGUGAAAACUUUGUGGACAAUCCCGACGUGCCACCGUUGGAAUGAGUUUUUGAUCUUUUGAGCAUAUUACAUGGAUAAUCUCAGUGCUUUUACAGCUGAAUAAACUUUUGCCGUUUUGAGUGUUUAAAGUAGCAAAUGGUUGCCCGUGUUUUCUGACAAAAAUAGGUUUAUGUUUUUAGCAAGGUUUAUAUACGAAUUAAUAUUUUAACUCCAGUCCUUGUCAUUGCCUAUCUGAUGAAUUUGAAAAAAAAAGUUAUCGUUAAAACUCAACCUGUGCCAACAAAAUUACUUGUUCAUUCAUUUUCAGAAAAUAAAUUUAGGCCCGAAACUUGAACGGUUUUUUGAACCAUCAUCAUUUAAUGUUGCUCUUGACUUGCUCUUAAUUAGUGGAUUGGAUGUAAACAACAUGGUAAAAGUUAAUCAUGUUUAUUUGUUGUGAACUGAAAAUAAUAAUAAUUGCAAAAAUA